AAUUUUUUUAAAGAAUCUCAACAUGAAGCUUCAUCAUGAAUGAUAUUUUAGAAAACUGGAUAUUAUAUAUAUAUAUAUAUUUUUUGCGCGUACAUUUUAUUCAUCGCAUAAACUAAAUAAAGUGUCUAUUUCCAGAAAAUUUAAUUUAUAAAAAAUAUACAAACGUAUGGCAACGAAAGUGAUUUAUUUUACUGUUUCCAACAGACCAGAACAAGCUGAAUUUCUUUUGGAUGCUACUUCGGAUGAAAUAAAAGAUUGUUUUCGUUCUGCUGCUGAAGCUGGUCCUUAUGACAUAUUAAAAUUGUACAAUGAUAAUGGAAAUCUUAUCAAUAUAUCAGCUUCAAUACAACAAAAUAGUUCAUGUAAUCCUUAUAAACUAGAAGUUGUUGCAGCACAUUGCGGUCAUUGUGGCAAAGAUUUUCAUGGUUUGGAUAUUGAAAGUGUAGAUAAUCGUUUGCAAAUGUUGGAGAAAAGAAUUUUGUUAGAGGAAGGAAUACUUCCUAUUGAACUAAAUGAGUUAAAAAAGAAAGUAGAUAGUUUUAAAGAAAAGUUGGAGAGUGUAGAACAUUUAAGUUGGCUUGGUCUUUUCAAAGAGAUGUCUAUUGGUCCUUCAGCUUUACCUUACAGCAAUCUGGACAAGACAGCUAAGCUGCGAAGAACUCAAUCAGAGUAUGAAGAGGUCCUCAAUAAAUUUCUUAAAAUGGGAUCCGGAUUGACUUCUGAAGAAACUCUAGAAAAGUUACGCCGCCCUUCAUUUGAUAAUUGGCAGUGGGAAGAUGCAGAGAUGAUGUUUCUUGUUCAGCAAAUGUUUUUGGAUCUUGGACUUGUUGAAACUUUUCAUAUUGAUAUGUCCACACUCCAGCAAUUUAUUUUUUCAGUUUACAAACAUUACAACCUAGUUCCUUACCAUAAUUUUCGACAUUGCUUCUGCGUCACUCAAAUGAUGUAUGGCAUGAUAUGUUUAAGUGAAGUGCAACAUAUGAUACCUCCAUAUGAAGUUUUAAUUUUGAUUGUAGCAGCAUUUUGUCAUGACCUAGAUCAUCCUGGACAUAAUAACAGUUAUCAAGUGAAUGCAAGGAAAGAACUUGCAAUCAGAUAUAAUGAUAUUUCUCCAUUGGAGAACCAUCAUGCAGCUGUUGCUUUUGAUAUUCUUAGUCAGCCACAUUGCAAUAUUUUCUCAAAUGUGAAGCCAGAACUAUACAAAAAAAUCAGAGCCGGAAUAAUUAGUUUAAUUCUAGCUACUGAUAUGGCACUUCACAAUGAACUAUUAAAGGAAUUUAAAUUGAUUAUAGAGAAUGGUUUUGAUUGGUUGUCUGAAGAUCAUCGUAAAUCAAUGUUAAAAACGUUUAUAAAAGCUGCCGAUGUUUCAAAUGAAACGCGUCCUAUGGACAUUGCAGAACCAUGGCUUGAAUGUUUGCUUCAAGAAUUUUUUAACCAAAGCGAUCUUGAAAAGCUUGAAGGGUUGCCUACAUCAGCUUUUAUGGACCGAGAUAAAGUAACAAAAUCUUCCGCACAAAUUGGUUUCAUAAAAUUUAUUCUUAUUCCUUUGUACGAAGCAAUGGCAGAGUUAUUUCCGAUCUUUGAGGAUUAUUUGCUGAAGCCGAUUAAAAAGGCUUUUGACUACUAUGUUGAAAUGGGUCAAAAAAUGGAGUUAGACAAACAAAAAGAACAAGAAAAACAUUCAACAAAAUUUAGCGCGGACUAUGAACGACAGCUAAAUUCAGAAAUGAAUCGCAAAUUGAGUCUCGAAUUCGAUAAACGUCUCACUGAAGAAAUACAAAAAAAGUUCAAUGAAGAACGAGAACGUCGAGCGAGUACUGGCUCGCGUGGAGAAACUGGAGGAUCUAGUCGAAAAUCAUCAAAAGUUAAUGAAUUAUAUGAUAAAUUUGUCUCAGAACCAGAUGAAAUAGCACAUUUAUCAAGUGUAGAUGUUCUUGAUUCUUUAGAAACCAACUUGACUGUUUGUAAACAGACUUCUACCGACAUUGAAAAAACGUUUUGUCUAAACUGCAGUUAAUAGGAAAAAAAAAAAAAAACAAUAUUUUUUGUAAUGUAAGGGAAAAUGCCUUUUCUUUCAUAUACCUUACCAUCAAAGAAUAUUCUAGAAAAAGUAUUCUAUAUGAAAUAAUAUAAUAACACGCUUACGAGAAAAUUUUAUAAAUGUUUAGAGAUGUGUUAUGUAUUCUAGAUUCAAUUUAGACACCGUUAGUCAAUAUUAUAAUAAAAUAAUUUAUUUGAAA